CAGGCAUCUGUUCUUUUAGAGUAGAGCAGAAAAUGAUGAAGUCCCAGGGGUUAGUGUCAUUCAAGGAUGUGGCUGUGGAUUUCACCCAGGAGGAGUGGCAACAACUGGACCCUGCUCAGAGGACCCUGUACAGGGAUGUGAUGCUGGAGAACUACAGCCACCUGGUCUCAGUGGUGCAAUCUGUCCCAAUUCCUCUGUGGUUUCCAUUCAAUAGGGCAUCCAGUUUCCAAACCAGAUGUCAUCUCCAAGCUGGAACAAGGAGAAGAUCCAUGGAUCAUAAAAAGGGACCUGUCAAAUUGGAUCUAUCCAGGAAGAGUAACCUUGACAGUCCCCAAUCGUGUAUUUUGGCGUCUUUUUCCUUCCAUAAUAAGACACUGAAAGGAGUCACAAAGGAUGGUUCAUUGUACUCCAUUUUAAAAGUCUGUCAAGGUGAUGGCCAGCUGCAGAGAUGUCCAGAAAACCAAGACAGAAUUUUCAGUCAAGUAACAGUUAUCAAUAACAAAACAGUGACUGUGGAGUCAGGCCAUACAUAUAAUGCAUUGGGAAAAAUAUUUCGAGAGUGCCUAGAGCCAGAUACUUUAAGACAAAGACCCCAUAACUGUGAUGCAUUUAAAAAGUACUUGAAAUCUAAUAUUGACCUACCUAGUUGUAAUAAGACCAAUUCAAGGAAAAGCCCUGAUGAGAGUUUUGGAUAUGGAAAAUCAUCUAGCCAAGAUGCGUCCAAUUCUAAUCUUGAGAAAAUUCAAAAUGGAGUAAUACCCUGUGAUGAUAAUCAGUGUGGAAACAUUUUCACCAAUAAACAAUCCCUUAUUCAAUAUCAGAAUGUUGCAACUAGGGAGAAAACCUGUGUAUGUAUUACAUGUGGAAAAGCCUUUGCUAAGAAGUCACAGCUUAUUGUACACCAGCGAAUUCAUACUGGAAAGAAACCAUAUGAUUGUGGUGCAUGUGGGAAAGCCUUUAGUGAGAAGUUUCAUCUCAUUGUACACCAGAGAACUCAUACUGGGGAGAAACCUUAUGAAUGUUCUGAAUGUGGAAAAGCCUUCUCUCAAAAAUCAUCCCUCGUUAUACAUCAGAGAGUUCACACUGGGGAAAAACCAUAUGAAUGUAGUGACUGUGGGAAAGCCUUCUCCCAGAAAUCACCCCUCAUUAUACAUCAGAGAAUUCACACUGGAGAGAAACCUUACGAAUGUAGAGAGUGUGGGAAGGCUUUCUCCCAGAAGUCACAGCUGAUUAUACAUCAUCGAGCUCAUACAGGAGAGAAGCCAUAUGAGUGUACUGAAUGUGGGAAAGCCUUCUGUGAGAAGUCCCACCUCAUUAUACAUAAAAGAAUUCACACUGGAGAGAAACCUUACAAAUGUGCUCAAUGUGAGGAAGCCUUCAGCAGGAAGACAGAACUCAUUACACAUCAGUUGAUUCAUACUGGGGAGAAACCUUAUGAGUGUACUGAAUGUGGAAAGACCUUCUCCCGGAAGUCACAGCUCAUCAUACAUCAGAGAACACAUACCGGAGAGAAACCCUAUAAAUGCAGUGAAUGUGGAAAGGCCUUCUGUCAGAAAUCACAUCUCAUUGGACAUCAGAGAAUUCACACAGGAGAAAAACCUUAUAUAUGCACGGAAUGUGGGAAAGCCUUCUCUCAGAAAUCCCACCUCCCAGGACAUCAGCGAAUUCAUACAGGAGAGAAACCUUACAUAUGUGCUGAAUGUGGAAAAGCCUUUUCGCAGAAGUCAGACCUUGUUUUACAUCAGAGAAUCCAUACUGGAGAAAGACCCUAUCGCUGUGCUACAUGUGGAAAAGCCUUCAUCCAGAAGUCACAACUCACUGUGCACCAGAGAAUUCAUAACAGUAGUAAAACCAUAAUGAACUGAACACAGAAAAGCCUUCAGUAUUAGCUCAAGCCUUAAAUACUGGAACCCUGAUAAAUUUGGAGCGUUUGUGGAAGACAUCAUUGUGAAUAAAGUUUUACAGGAGAAUUCAAGUCUGUAAUGUGAUGAUACCUAACUCAGCAAAGAUGAUGGGAAAUAAUUAUGUAAA